CGCAGUGGUGCAGCCACUCUCAAGCCCUCCGUUUCGCUUUCAUCACGUUCUCCUAGGUGACAUGUACCUGGAGCUGUUGCCUGGAGUGCCACACAAGGAGCACUGCCUGGUGAUGUUCCGAUGCCGUGUCCCCACGAUGCAGCUUCAAGUGACGCUGAGUGUAGGCACCAGCUUCUCGAAGACCCUGAUCGCCCUGGGGAAGGCCACCAUUGAGGAGGAUUUGAAACAACAAAGCUUCCUCCAGGUGAACUUGGGUGCUCCCGGCGUUCUGGCAGAGGAUGGAUCGCUGACGGUGCGAUGUCAGCUGGAUAAGGUCUUGGCGAUCCCUCGGUCCUUGCAGGAGAUGAUCCCCAAGCUGGAUGAACGGGCCAAUUGGCCCAAGCGGAUCUGAGGGAAGCGUUCUCCAGCGAGGUGACCAGUGCAGCCUGAAGCACCCAGUGUUGGCGACCAGGGUCGGGACGCGUAGGACGUGUUGUGACAUGUCUGAAGAGGAUUGCGGAAGGGAAACGGAUU